AAUACUUGUUAUUAAUUUACCUUCAAUAAUUUUUCAAAUAAUUUUCCUCAAAAUAAAAUUAUGGAUUAAGUCAAUAUUUCUAAGAAUUCGUAGAUUUCUAUCGUACAAAUUAUCCAUUAAUACAUUUAUAUAACUGAAAAUGGAUGAUUUAAAAAACUAUGAAAAUGCAGAUACUAUAAGUAUUGAUACACUAGCUCUUGAAGAAAUAUUGCAAGAGGAAAGAGAAAAAGAAAUAUCGGAAUUAAAAACGCUUAGUAAAAAAGUGUGCUUUCUUCACACGAGUUUGUUGUAUUACAGAAACCCUAAGACGAAAACUGGUGCGAUAUGUUACGAAGCGUGGAAAACUCUCAUAAAGAAAGUUGGAGGAUCUCUCAAUACAUGGAAAGAUCUUGGAUAUGCUCUAGAUAUAUCACAGGAUGAUUUAGAUUACAUAACAAAUUCAGUAAAAGAAGAUCCAGCUGAUAUAGUUAUAAAAGUAUUUUUGCAAAACGAAACUGCCACAUUAGAUAAGAUAUUAGACGCUUUAGUAAAGAUGAACAGAUACGAUAUAUUGAAAGCUGUUCAAGAACCAUUUUCAAAUUUAUCUCAGUGUUUUAACAAAGAAGACAGUGGUUAUCACAGCACAAGUAAAACAAGUGGCAUUAGAGAAAUCAUAAGCCUAACAAAUAAUUUAAAAAUUGAUUUGCCGCCAGCUUUGAAAAAAAAAUAUGUGACUAAAGAUAAGGACCAGAAACCGAAACAGCCAUCUUUAAGUCCAUCCAAGAAGACUGACAACGUGAAAGUUAAAAAUGACCGUCCAAUAUUGUUCUUGACAUAUACAGAAGAUGGUUUAGAUACUGCUGUGAAUAUUCAGCAGUAUAUUAGCGAUUGGGAUGAUAUAAAUGUAGAAAUAUUUACUCUAAAUGGAAGAAGGGAAGAGGUGUAUCAAAAUCCAGAAAAAAUUAUUAGGGAAUAUUUUGAAAAGGCGGAUUUUAUAGUACCAAUUAUUACCUCAGGAUAUCUACACAGAAUCAAAUCUCAUCAACCGCAGGUUCCUAGUACAAAUGAUAAUUUAGAUUAUAAAUAUGUUAAUUAUAUUUACAAUUUAAUAAUUAAUCACUACAUAUAUGUAACUGGUUGUCUCAAUGAGAAAGUCAGAAGUGUUUUGCCCUGUAAUGCCAACGUAGAUGUAUUGAAAGAAAUCUCAAUGUAUCCAGAUUUAAUGCCGUGGACUUAUGAAAGUAAUUUUGAAGAAAAUUUUAAAGCAUUUUUAAAAAAGGAUUAACUUUUUAAAAUAAAAACGAUUAAUAAAAUAUUUUUAUACUUACUUUUAAUAAAUCAAAAUAUAAAAUAACUCAUAGAAAAGUGUUUUAGCUUUGUUAUGCAAAUGUACCUGUAUUUUGGCAGUUAAUAGUAAAAUAUCAUAGUUUAAUAAGCA